AUGAAGUUAAACAGCAUUGUUCCAUCGAAUGCUAUUGUUUGGACUGAAGGACAAUACUUUGAUGGAAAAGGUUGGGUUGCCUUGACAAAUCACGAUGAUGUUAAGAUGAAACAAGUUAAAUUUUCUGAUAACAGGUUAUUGUCUCUUAAACAAACUUUAUGUCCACCGGAUGAGAUUAAGAAAUUGUUAAAUGAAACUUAUCAGCACCAGAGUUGGAGUGACGGAAAGAUUGGAGUAACAAUUGAAGGAGAUCAUUUAGUAUAUAUCAAAUUGCCUUUUCUGGACUCAGUAUCAACUUAUACACACCAUACCAGACUUCCCAGUUUACUAAGCACGUGGAAACCAUGUGUUUUAUUGGUGAGUGGGAAUGUAGCAACAAUCAGAAUAACAGAUGCUUUAUCUAUAAUUGUCAUUAAAGAUGAGAAUAAUUCGAUAACUACAGUACCUGUUCCAUACAAUAGCGGAUUUUGUUGCAUUCAUCCCAUUCUAAAGACCGCAUUAGUACAUGGAUCAUUUGCAAUUAAUCUACUGCCAGAGAACGGCAAAGAGGUGAUUCCUAAUUUGACAUCCAAACCUUUUGGUGAUAAAUGGGAUUAUUUUGUGUACUUUUUCACUUGGGGGAGUUUGAUAGUCCCUAAAUUCUGCUAUUUUAGGAGAAAAAGUAAAAUGUUGCACUUGUUGACUAAUGAAAAGGUUGCACAGGAUGUUAUAGGUCUAAUUUCAAUAUUUAAUUUGCACAUAUUCAUCAAACUUGAUACACCUAAGAUGGCUAGAGAUUUUGUUUAUGGAGAAGAUUACGCUUUGACGGUUAAAGAAUUCAAUAGUACACUCCACAUAUAUUUACUGAUGGAUGGGCAAAUAGCUAGGAUGCAUUAUGUAUUUGAUGGUAGGAAUAAUGAUUUUGGUGUUGCUGUUGUAAAAUUUAAAUGCGAAAGAGGAGAAAAGGGUGAUCUGAUAAUUAAAAACGAUAAUUCUGUGAAGGUGUUGUUGUCCAAUGGAUGUCCAUCUGGAAUUAGAGAGAAGUUUCAUCUGAUGUCAGAUCAAUUAGUAGUUCUGUACGAUGUUGAAAUAGGAAGAUAUUUUUCUAACAAAAUAGGCUUGGAGAUAUGCCCAUUAUUAACAUUGUAA